GGAAAAACAUGCAGUGAAAUAAAAUCGCACAGUCCACAAGCCACAAGUGGUUCCUACGUUAUUGAUCCUGAUGGUGAAGGAGGCUACCAACCCUUCAGCGUCUUCUGUGACAUGAUUGACAAGAACGGAGUUGGCGUGACAGUCGUUGGUCAUGACAGUGAAGAUAGAAUUUUGGUGAACGGAUAUGAAGACGCAGGAAGCUAUGUUCGUAAUGUUGUUUACGUAGGAGCCGGUGUUACUCAGUUAGCUACCCUUGCAACUAUCUCAACACAUUGUGAGCAGUUUAUAAAAUACAAAUGUUACCACUCCCUGUUUUUAACUAAUGGAAUGGGCUGGUGGGUGUCACGUGACAACGUAAAAAUGACGUACUGGGGUGGAGCUUCGCCGAGUGAUUCAAAAAAAUGUGCAUGUGGGGUGACAAAUUCAUGUGCAGACAGUAGUAAAGGGUGCAACUGCGAUAAAAAUGAUGCAGUAUGGCGCGAGGACAGCGGCCUUCUUACUGAAAAGUCUCACCUUCCCGUCACACAAUUAAGGUUUGGAGAUACAGGCCAUUCAGGUGAAUACGGUUACCACACUCUAGGAAAGUUCAAAUGUUAUGGUAUGACGUAA